AUGGGUGAUCUUAUUGUUAGAGCAAAGGAAUUGGAAAAAGAAUCAGAAAAGAAACUGGGUGGAUGGGGAUUUUUCUAUUAUAAAGAACCCGAAUACGAAGAGGCUGCUCAUCUCUUGCAUGAAGCUGCUAAUUGUUACACAGCCGCCAAAUGCUGGGAUGAAGCUGGAGCAACAUAUAUCAAGUUGGCAGAAUGUCAUUUGAAGACUAAACUCAAGCAUGAAUUUGCUGCUAAUUCUUACAUAUAUGCUGCAAUAUGUUAUCAAUCUAAACAAAACAUUGAGAAGGUUAUCGAUUCCUUGGAAAAGGCAGCUGAGCUCUUCGAAAAAGGACUAGAAACAGUGCCCGGCAACCAAUGCAAUCAGAAUGCUGCAAAACGUUAUAGGGAAAUUGCAGAACGAUAUGAAUCUAAACAAAACAGUGAGAAUGCUAUCGAGUUCUAUGAAAAGUCAGCUCAGCUUUUCGAAAAGGCACAACUACUAAUGUCUGCGAACCACUGCAAUCACAAAGCCGCUCAACAUGCUGCUCAGGUUCAACGAUACUCCAAGGCUAUUAAAAUUUAUGAGAAAAUUGCAAGUCACUCACUCAACGACAGCUUGCUUAAGUACCAAGCUAAAAGAUAUCUUCUUGAUGCUGGAAUAUGUCGACUCUGCAGGGGAGAUGAUCUUGAUUCAAUCACCAAGGCAAUAGAGCGAUACCGGAAAUUGGAUCCAACUUUGUCUGAAACAUCGGAGUGCCAACUCUUGGCCAGCGUUGCACCUUCAUUCCAGAAAGAAGACGGUGCUAAGUUAAAGAUAUUAGUCUCAGUAGUUAUGGGCCAAGCCUCGUAUACAUGCACUCCCAAAAUUACAGAUUAUACUUUGGUCGAUGCCUUUUGUUCUUCAUUACCACAAAACCACUAG